AUGAAGACGCUAAUCUUGGUUUCAUUCUUGGUCAUCAUGAGUUUGGCAGCCGACUUCGAGCCGGUCAAAUACAAAGCCUGUAGAAGCAAAUUUACCGUCAAAUCCGUCGAAGCUAUCGGAUGUCCUAAAGACCCGAAGCAACGUUGUAUCUUCAAACGAGGUAGCGAGCCAAUCAUCAAGAUCGGCUUCACUCCAGACCGUGAAGUUGACGCUCUGACCACCAAAGUCCGUGCCAAAAUCGAACAAACCUUUACCGAGUUCAACUUGGAGAACACUGAUGCUUGCCAAGGCCAGAACAUUACUUGUCCGUUAAAGCCGGGCCAACUUUACUACUACACACAAAGUGUCAAGGUUGUUCCUGAGUACCCAACAGUUAAUGUGUUGGUCAACUGGCUUCUGAACCAUCCGUCUACGUUCGACGAUCCAGCUUAUAAGGACGAGGACGGCAAAAGAAACUUGAAUGACUUGUGCAUUUUGUUCCACGCCAAAGUUGAAGAAUAA